GACGUGCAACGUGUACAUUCUAAUGACAGGACUAGGAAAUGCAGAGGAGGGAUAAGGUCCCACUGAGAUAAUUAGCAGAGACUCAAGAAUUUAAGAUAAAACAGGCAAAGUAAAUCAUAUAAAUAUAUAAUUAAUGAUACGUGAAAAUCAACCCUUUUUUAGUAUAUAUUUUCUUCACAAAUUAUAUUAAUGCCACUUGAUGUCGUUAUAUUUUUGAGAAAUAAUUUUGUUUGUAUUAUCAACUUUCAAAACAGCCACAACUAAGUGCUUCACAAAGAAGACAGACACAGACAAGAAUACAAAUCAUCAGUGAUAAGCAAAAUAAUACGGUAGUGUUUAGAAUCAGAGACAUUAAAAGAUAUAACAAUUUCAAUAUCGCUUGAAAUUAAUUGAAAGGAAACAAAACAGCUUUAAAAUAACAAGUCAUUCAGUAAAAGUAACUUUAUAGAGAAGAUUUGCAAACAGAAUUGAAGUUAAUAUAGUGGAGAUCUGAUCUGUGAUCUGCAGAAGCCUGAAGUUUCUUUCAGUCUCCAGUUUCUUGUCUAAACCAUGAACCCUGGACCCUGACCGUGACUUUUCAAAUGGUUUGUUUCUUGUUCCAAACCAACCUCUUCAUUCAUUCCCUUCUCAACCCUGAGCUCAGCUGUCGCCCCGUCAGGCGGAGACCGACUUGGAGGAUCUGCUGCGACAGUCACUGAAGGGGCCUCUGUUCCGGUCCUCUUCCGGGGGAGAAAGCAAGAAAACCUUUCUGCGUCACUAGAAGCUUCAGCGUCCGGCUCUCGUCCCGUCCACCCUCCGUCUGUCUGGACUCUUCUGUCCGAUGAUCUCAUCAGCUGUUACCUCAGCAAGUCAGGUGCUUACUGCUGACCCCUCCACUGGGACUUCUCCCAUCUUUCCCUCGGAGCAGGUUUGUUGCUGCUCUUCUGUUAAUGAGAUGAGCGACUCCUGCGUCUGGAGAUAAUCCUGUUGGAGGGACCACAGGUGUCAUCAGUUAAAUCCCCAUCAGAUUAACCGGUGGCAGAGCCGAGGUGCACACAGAACAAAACGAGAGGAGCAGUGGAUCGUGUCCCCACGAGACAACAAGAUUGAAGCCUCAUUCCUGCAUCAACACCCACAUUUGUCUGGGACCUAAAAAAAGACCCACACACAAAAUAAAAGAAGCCUCGACGCUGUGAGAAUGGAUUCCUUCAUGUCUCUGGGUGCUCCCCUGAAGCAGUUCACCAGCUGCGUGUCGGGGAAAAGCUCCCUGAACAAGAGAGGGGCCAAGAGGAGCGAGUCCGUCCGCAGGAGCAGCUUCACCCGCAGGUCGAGCAUCAGCAGGAGGAGAAGUCUCCCCUGCAGCAGCCAGAAAGUGCCCGACUCCUGGCUCAGGGUGUACCAGGCCGAGCUGAAGAGAGAAAGGAAACGACAACAAGCCAUUAUCGCCAAGAAGAACGCUGAGAGGGCCGUGAGGGGGACUCACUUCAGGAGCCACCACUGCCUGCCGAGGCAAACCUCCACAACCAGAAGAUCGGCCCCAGCCAAGGACAACUCCUUCUUCGGGGCCUUUCAGGGCCUGAGUCUGGACGGACGGAUGGGGGGAGCUCACGCUGCUCCUGCCCCAGGUGGAGAUCAGUGUUCAGUCAUGUGAGAGCAAGAGUUUCGAGGACAGAUUUCCUAUAUUGCUGUCCUGUCUUUAUUCUCCUGUAAAAAAGCAUUUAUUUAAAGAAAAAGACUGCAGUGCUUCUUCAUGAUUCCUUGAUAAUUUACAGGCUGUACACUGUCACUCUUCCUA